CGUCAGUUGGCCCGAGAGUAGACCAAGUUACUGCACUAAACACAACAACGCCCACUGACACAACCGCGUGGUCUCAACUGUCAAAUCAAACGCUCUUGCAUCAAUAAACCCGACGGUAAAAAAAUAGAAUAAAAAAUCCAAAAAUCAUUGGGACGGACUAGCGAAUGCCCCAGUACUUCCCUAAUUAAUUCCCUCGAAAAGAAAAACCGUCAAAGCGGAUUAACGAGGCGCACGUUUUGUGAUAUAUGUUUUAGUUGCGUUACGUAAAACUGUGACCCGAAAGGAAAAAAAGUGUUCCGUAAGUGAGUGACUAAAUCGAUCGAAUUACUACUUUAUGAUUGAGAUAACUGAAGUGAGGGAGCGCAUUGGGGUACUUCGAGUGAUGUUCUGAGGUUUGAAAAAUGCACAGAAGUUUUAAUUUGUUGAAAUCAUCGGGCAGUGGAUUUUAUAGGGAAGAUUUUCACAAGAGUGUUUAAUUAAUUUGACUCGCCGAAGGCAUCGCGUUAGUUAUGACGGACGUGGCGAAAGAGGCAUUUGCAUCGAGUAAUUAUGGCCUGGCUGUGGAGAUGUACGAGAGGAGUUUGAAAAUGCAGAGGCCGAAUUUGGAGGUACUCCUCGGGUAUGGGGACUCGUUGGCGAGAUCUGGCAGAGUCAGGGAGGCAUUCGAUGUUUAUUCUAGGUGCAUGGGAAUUGCUGAUGUACCUCAGGAGAGGCUCAAACAUCUUGCUAGUGCUUUGCUCGAGGAUCUUGUGGGCUUGACGCAGAGAAAAAUCAGCGGUGGCUCGUUCAAUUGUGCUAGCUGUGAGGGCACACUGCACUUGCCGGUUACGGGUUAUUGUGGACAUACGCAUUGCAGAAGUUGUUAUGAGGGGGGCAAGUGUUGUGGGGCUUGUGGACAAAAACUUGAGGAGGUUGGGGAGACCAAUGUCCUGGUCCAGAGGCUCGUGGAGAAGUGGUGGCCGAGGGAGGCCGAGGCCAGCAGGGCUAGGCAUGAAGGUGAUCUCCUUUUGAAGGAUGGACAUCCGGCUCAGGCACUCGAGCGGUAUAAUCUUGCUGUCAAACUUGCACCUAAUAGUCCAUUACACCUGAGCAAUCGAGCCCACGCACUGCUGCUAUUGAACAGACCCCAGGCAUCCCUCACAGACGCUGAUCAUGCUGUCAGACUGCGACCGGAUUGGGGCAAGGGCCAUUACAGGAGAGGAGUUGCACUGUCUGCACUGGGAAGGCAUGAAGAGGCCUUUCUCGCGUUGUGCACCAGUGUUGCUAUUGAGAAGAAUACGCAGAAUGUACGACAUGAAUUGACGAGGGUAUUACACCGCAUAUUAUCAAUAAAUCACCGUCGACAAAGUCCGCCUACAGCUCGCAGUCCCUACAGCAUAAUAUCAGAGAGCAACGCCCGCGUGAGAAGAAACCGUGACCAUCACUAUCAUCACCGUCGACCUCUGAUGAGUCCCAAUCAGCGCCACCGUCGUCCAGCUCUAAACUCAUCGGACUGCGAGGACAACAGCAGCAGCGAGGAGGAAUUCACACAGGCCAUAUGCCGAAGGCUACUCUUCAACGAUGCGCCCCAGACCAAUGUCAAGUUUCAUAACGUCUUGGAUCGGGUUUAUCAGGAGAUUGAAAAAUUAAAGAGAAUUGACUCGAUGCCGGCAGAAAUACUACUACCUCCAUUAUCAAGUGGCACAAGUUUAAGUGAUUUAGACUGCAUACUGUGCUGUCGAUCGCUGUGGAAACCAGUGACAACACCGUGUGGACACACAUACUGUUGGAUGUGCCUGGACCGUUGCCUUGACUACUCCUCGGCCUGCCCAUUGUGUGUCACAUCUCUAGCCGAUUAUCUUGCCAGUAACCAGAAAACAGUAACUGAAUUCGUAGAGAAAGCACUGAUGAUAAUAGCCCCAACGGAAUAUGCAUCGCGUGCAGCUAGCCACCGGCUCGAGCUGGUUCAAGAUCUUGGAAUUUUAGGAAGUCAACAGAUUGCUGUUUUUGUAUGUACCACUGCAUUCCCCUGUGUGGCAUGUCCAUUAUUCGUUUACGAGCCAAGAUACAGAUUGAUGGUUAGGAGAUGCGUCGAGAGUGGUGUCAGACACUUUGGCAUUGCUGCUUGUCUCAACAAAGAUGCAACAGGUAGUAAAAGAUACGCUCAAUAUGGCACCGUCCUGGAAAUUCGAGAUCGUGUCUUGAUGAAAGACGGAUGUAGUAUACUGAGUACUGUUGGCGGUAGAAGAUUUAGAGUUCUGUCGGGAGGUGAAAGAGACGGUUACGACACAGCCAAGGUAGAACUCUUACGAGACUCGUCUGUAUCCCAGGAGCAUCUUCCGAGUUUACAUGAGCUACAUUAUAAGGUAUGGUUGAAAGGACAACAAUGGUGGUCAACGGUAUCCCCUCACCAACAAACCGAGAUUCAACGAGUAUUCGGCAAAAUUCCAACCCCAGAGGACGAAUGGUGGCGCCUGCCGGACGGUCCCUCGUGGACCUGGUGGAUCCUCGCAAUCCUUCCUUUCGGCCCACAACUUCAAGUUGGAAUACUGGGUACAACAAGCCUAGAAAAACGACUGAGAGCCAUCGAGAAAACCCUCAAUCACAUGGAGAAGAGACAGUUAACAAUAACAUCACCACCAGCUGAAGACAACACCACAUCAUCCAGCAUCUGCAGCGAUGGAAACGACAUCACCCCCUCGACAGUCUCCAUAGUCCACCACUCAUGAACAAUCAGCAAUAAAUAGUUUUUAAAACUACGAAUGAUGUCUUUUAUACAACAUUCACAAUCUUCAUUUCCGACUAUCGAUUAAGACGUUUGUACCACGAUAAUCAGACUGAUAGUAAGUUCAAUGACUUGUUUGAUGGCUCUAGGCCAUUUAAUGUACCGAACCAUUCAACUCUGGGAAUAAUCCACAAUAUUUAAUGUUGAAUACUGGUCUUAAAAUUUUACGCACAAAAAUACUAUUGAACGAAAAAAUUACGCUGAAGAAAUGUUUUUAUUCAAUUUCUUGGUGUUUUUUUUUUAUUUAUGGAAAGUUAAUUGUAAAUUGUUGAAUGGGCAAUUGCAGUUUUAAUUGUUAAACUUCACGUACGAAUAAAUUUCAUAGAAAAAUGUCGGGAAUUCUCCAGAAAAUUCCAUUGGAUUUCUGGUGAUUUUGUGGAGGAAAAUGUAAUGGAAUUUGAUUUUUAUAUUCAACUUAUUCUAUUGAGAUAUAUU